AUGUCACCGGUGAUGGAGACAAAGGCUCGGAACGUUGGUGACCAUUCGAUCCCCAACACUCGACUACGGCCAGGUUCUGCAGGGGCACAAGGAAGAGGCAUCGCACUGAACCAGGAGGCCAUGUCCUUGUUUACUUGCAUGGCUAUGGGAGACAGUGGACCACAGAAUCCAUUUGUCUCCAAAGACGCGUCUUCCAGGGAAAACGAUCCGUGGAAAGAGACACCAGAGGGCAGCCUCUGCCUGGCCAAGAAAGCAGCUGUCCCCGAGCAGAGUGCCCAGAGGAAGAGGGCCCCGAAGACCAGGAGGCAGAGGAACCUGGGGGCCCAGGCAACAGGUGGGUGUCCUGCGGAGCAGGCUGUCGCCUUGUCCUCCUGGGCCUGGGCUCUUGCCCGGGAAAGCCCAGAGCUGGGUCGCAUUCCACGUUCCCAAGUUCUUCCUUUGUUUUUUUUUCCCACAGCUCCCCAGGAGAGUCGCCUGGUGGCCCCCAAGGCUGCCUUUCCAGACGCCGCCAUCUCAGAGCUUCAGUUCUGGAGGAGAAGGGGACAGAAGAAAAUAUGGACUGUGGAUCACAUGGAGGGAAUAAAACUCAGGAUAAAUAAGAAGAGAAGACCCAGUUACCGCCCUGAGGACCAAGAAGCAUUCUACCGACUUCUGGAGGACCCUGUUAUUCAGAGCUUCCUGGAAGCAGACAUCUUCCUCAAGGUGUCUGACAAGUACUUGCUGUCCAUGGUGGUGGAGUACUUUGGCCGCGUCGGGUUGCCCGGACACCUCUACAACAGGAUCCACUUCUUCCUGGCCCUCUACAUUGCCUCGGACAUGGAGGAAGACAACCCCACAUCCAAGCGGAGCAUCUUCCAGUUCCUUCUGGGCAAGGAGCACUGGCCGGACCUCUACAAGGAGUUCCUAAAGCUGAAGGUGGAGUUCUUCCACGCCAUGGACCACCGAGCCUGGGUCAAUGCAGAGCUGUGUGAGGAGAUCCAGGCCCAGAAUCCAAAUCACUGGGUCUGGAGCCGGGUGCGCCAGGGCGCCCCUUAAGUUUCCAGGGCUGGGAAUGACCAUCAGGGCUGCGGAGGGGCCCACGUGAGCACGGUUCUGGCCAGAACCAUCCUGUGUGUCUCGGAAGCUACCACCCGUGCUGGUGGGCAUGGGAGACGGCUGCUGCAUUGUCUUGAAACUUCUUCAGGAACAGGAGCAUCGCGCAGAUCUGAGCACUCCUGUGGUAAAGAAAUGUUUCUACCAAAAUUCUCCAGCUGAAUCGUUGUUAUGUGAUCAUGGCGUCUGUCACACAAGCUCCCAAGCUAUCGGUCUUUGGUGUUUUGUUUCAAGAAAAUGCUUGCUUUUUUAAGGUAACACCAUUGCAGGAUUUUGAGCUGAGUAGGAAAUGUUAAUAAAUAGAUGAGAAAUACUAACCACACUUUCAGAAAAAGGACUGUUACCAUGCAGCUCUUAGCGGGGAAGAAAUUAAUUCCAAUAUUUGAUCCUACAUGAAGCAAGUUCUAUGGAGCUGGGGCUCCUCUUUCAAGGGUAGAAAGAAGU